CUAAACCCGACACGGGAAGUAGGAAGUAGCAAUAACUUUGCAGCUGGCUAGCGAUCUUUACAGUGGAUGUGUACAAAUAAUUUUUGAUUGACCAAAGAUACGUCUCGUCAGCUAGCCUGGUCAUUGGAUCAGCCAUGGGAAAGGGUGGUGGAACAUUUGAGAGGCUUCUUGAUAAAGCCACCAGUCAGCUGCUGCUGGAGACAGACUGGGAGUCCAUCCUGCAGAUCUGUGAUCUCAUCCGUCAAGGAGACACACAGGCGAAGUAUGCCAUCGGAGCCAUUAAGAAGAAGCUGAUGGAUAAGAACCCGCAUGUGGCCCUCUAUGGUCUUGAGGUGUUGGAGUCAGUAGUGAAGAACUGUGGGCAGACGGUCCAUGAUGAGGUGGCCUGUAAAACCACCAUGGAGGAGCUGAAGGAUCUACUGAAGACGGAGCCCAACGUGAGGAUAAGAUCCUUUUACCUGAUCCAGGCCUGGCCCCACGCCUUCCGCAACGAGCCCAAAUACAAGGUGUUCAGGACACGUACCAGAUCAUGAAGGUGGAGGUAAGUCAGAUCCCAGAUCAGCCCCAGCCCCCUAGACACUCCUGAAGACCUG